AUGAAGAAAGACAAUAAUAAGGUAGCUUUGGAGCCAAGGGAAUUGACCCAUUUAACGAGCGAGCCAAAGGUAAGGAAUGCCAAAGAGGUGGAGUUUGAUUCGUUGGACAAGUUUGAGGAGUACAUCAAAAACGAAAGUUGGGAUGACGAGUACGAUAGACUGAAGGUGCAUUUAGAGUACCUCCCACCUUUCAUUGAACAUGAAAUUCACGGUGAUGAGGAGAAUAUAAAACCUCAAAUGAAUGCCUUGAAUAAGAAGUUCAGGAGACAUCUACAUCAGCACUUGACAAAACAUUUGUUGCCUCAGAUCAAUAAAAUGUCUGGAAUCAAAUACAACUUCAAGGAAAUUGAUGAAGGUUUAGUGCCUGAACAUAACGGACUUGACUCGGUUUAUAGGUGGCAUUACAACGAUGAUGGAAACCAUGGCUUUGAUGAACAAGAUUACAAAUGCAGGAGCCAUUGGAAGGCACAAUUGGAUGUGAUUUGUAACUCCAACGGUCCUUAUGUCCAUGUCGACUUUGUUUGCCAUCCUUAG